GAAUAAGGAUGCGCGAAUUAGUCAGCGGCCAGACAAAGAUGAGGAUGCGGACGGCAUGAAAGUGGAGAAAAGUAGCAGACACUCCGACACCCGGGGAAACAGCUCGCGAGGUGGGGAGAGAGCCACCGCUGCUGCGCACGGGGGGGACGCUUAGAGAUCCGGGGAGCGCAAGGCCCAGGUCGAGGGGAUGAGGCUGUGAAACGACACCACUGAUCUCCCCGCUCCUAGCCACUGAGAGCUGACUGCCCCCGACCCACUCCAGCACUGAGGAUUGACUCUCUGGCGUCUUGGCUGCCCGCUCAGCCGGCCCGGGGUAGCGGCGCCCGGGACUCGCGGCCGCCCGGUAGCGGCGGGCGCAUCGGGCCGGGCCGGGCCGGGGUACGCACGCUCCUGGAGCGAGAACCGCAAACGCCUGGAUUCCCGAGCCGAGAGGGCAGCGGGGGGAAGCGGCUGGCUUUCCCGGGCCCUAGGGUCAUGAUGGUGCAUUGUGCCGGCUGCGAGCGGCCCAUCCUGGACCGGUUUCUGCUCAACGUCCUGGACCGCGCGUGGCACAUUAAGUGUGUUCAAUGUUGCGAGUGCAAAUGUAACCUCACAGAGAAGUGUUUCUCGCGGGAAGGGAAACUCUAUUGCAAGAACGACUUCUUCAGGCGGUUUGGCACCAAAUGUGCUGGGUGUGCGCAGGGAAUCUCCCCCAGCGACCUGGUUCGGAAGGCCCGAAGCAAAGUAUUUCACCUCAACUGUUUCACCUGCAUGGUCUGCAACAAGCAACUGUCCACUGGCGAGGAACUCUAUAUUAUAGAUGAGAACAAAUUUGUUUGCAAAGAGGACUAUUUGAACUCGCCCAGUGUCAAGGAAGGCAGCCUAAACUCAGGUACCCGAAGCCGGCCCGAGGCCUGCGGCUGGCGCACGCGAGGUUUUGGGGCCUGGACUGGACCGACCUGGGUCUGCGUGCUCCCGCUGCAGCCACAGCCUCCGCCCAAACCUCAGCCUGGGCUCAUCUGGGCGAUGGGGCGUCGGGGAGGGAAGGUGAAAGGCUAG